GUCCAAAGUGUUGUUAUUCACAUUUUGUUUUCUUAUUAAAAGUGUAAAUUACUCUUUAUAAUUCACAAUGAAUCAAAUGUGCACUAAUUAUGUAGACUUUUUAUAGUUUGAAGUGACUAACAGACAAGUAACAAUGUCGGCCGAAGUUGAAAUAAUUUGUAGGUUAUGUGGACUUACUUGUAAACAAGAACAAUCUAUCCAUAUUUUUGAUAGGCUAGCUUCUGUUAAUAUGUUGCAGUAUAAAAUAAUGCAGUUAUUAGAUAUAGCUGUGGGUAAAAGUGACAAAUUGCCUCAUUCUGUGUGCUUAUCCUGCGUGACCAAACUGGAUAGUUUGUGGUGUUUCAAAAAUACAUGUCAUCAAGUGCAAAUUAAACUCAGGAAAAUGAUAGUUGUUGAUCAAUCAAACCUUCCUGAAUACGAUAGAUUGCAAUCUGAACUUGAUAGGCAGCUUUUGAAUUUAGUGAAUUUGAAUAAUAAAACACUCAUCUCAUCUAAAAACACUAGUGCUUCAGAUCCAUUUAUCUUUCCGGGACUAUUAAUGAAGGGUGGAAAUGUUGUUUAUCAACAUCAAACAGUAUUAGAAAUUAUAGAAAGUGCUUCUGUAUCUGUCAAUGUAGAGGAAGAUGUUCAAAUUGGCGACAAAACUGUAUUACAAAGAAACCCAAAUUCGGAUGAUGAUGAUGAUAGUGAGGGAGAUAUUGAAGACAACUUAAUGUCGAUAGUUAAUAAAGAAAUUGCUAAUGAAGAAUACAAUGUUAAUAUAGAUGUUGAUGAUGUUUCUAAAAAUAGUGAACAGAUUAUGUGUGAUGAUUCAAGUAGUGUUUUAGAACAAAAUGACACAAACUCUAGAAAUGCAAUUGAGAGUUUUUCUUUGGAUGCUACAUCUAACUUAGGAAUUGUGCAGUCGUCGAAAGACCAUUAUUACAGGAUGGAAACUAACAACAACUCAGACCUAUUGUCCAAUAGAAUUCCCUAUCUAACUGUUGAAUCUCAAAUGGGUACCAAACACAUGGUAUACACUGUUUCUCCUGAUAUAUCAAAAUUUGAUAGUGAACAUGAUUACCUGGUUGAUAAAUUGUAUCUUGAAUUGGAUGUGUUUGAUUUGGAGAAUCCUAAUGUUGGUCGAAUACUGACUGAAUGGCUGAAUAAUCUUUUGAAUGGCGAAAUAUCAUUAAUGCCCUACUAUUUUGGCUGGCUAGAUAAAAGUAAACUCAAUGUUAGCUUUAGAUGCAUUAUAUGCAAGCAUGUAAUUCAUAGAAACAAGAGAUUUGUAAUGAACCACCUAGCAGAUCAUCUGCUCUGGAUUUGUCCAGUUUGUGGUAAAUUUUGUAGAACUAUUACAAACUUGAGGAAUCAUUUGCAUCAACAUUCGUCGCCCACUUUUGAAUGUUCAACAUGCGGUAAGAAUCUUGGGAGUGAUAUUGAGAAAUACAAAGUGCACAAGCGUGGUCAUUAUAAGUGCAGAUGUCCGCCUUGUCAGUUUGAGUGUUGUGAUGAAGAAAAGUGGUUGAAGCACUUGGAAAAGGAUAGGAAAAAUAAUGAACUAUGCUCUCCAGAUUGCAGUUUGUUUUAUGAGAGCAUUGAUAAAUUUCGAGAUCACGUCCUGGCGCUUGCAACUCUGGGAGGAUAUGUUUGUGGCGCAUGCGGAAUGGCCUAUCAUUGCGAGGAAUAUUUGAAAUUGCAUUUGAAAGUGCAUGGUUUGGAGCAUGGCAGUAAGUCUACUUGUGAAGAAAGUUUAGAAAAUAAUGACACUAGCUUCAGAAUGAAACUUGAUCGUUUUGCAAACUCUAGCAAUGAGAAACGUUUUGAUACAAUGCAGAAAAUACUUGCCAAUGAAAUCGAUGUGAAGGAAUUUCAAAAUUCUCGUAUAAUGACAGGUGGCAAAGUUACUACUGCAUUUAUCUGCUUCAAAUGUGGUCGAGGCGUGAAGACUGAAAAGAGAUUUAGAAUACAUAUUGAAAACCACAUAUCGAUGACUUGCUAUCAGUGUAAGCGGGGUAUGUCGAGAUUUAUUGAUUUUAAAACUCAUCUAAAGCGGUGCUCUUUCAAGAAAAGAAAGUGUGUCAGUUGUAAAAAUGAAAUCUGGCUGAACACCAGUAAAGAAUACAUUGAGCAUAUGUCUCUGCAUCAGAAAAGGAAGAUUUGCAUCUAUUGUCAGGUGAUAAAAGAUCCGGAACCGUUAAGUCGACAUAUUGAAUCUGUACAUGUUUCUGAACCAAAAUCUUGGUUCUGUGACAUUUGCAAUGAAACACUGGUUGUAUCCUACAAACAACUCAACUAUUUUCGAUCUAGACAUAUGGCCGAUAAACAUCCCGAAAAAUUGGAUACAUACAUAUGUGAAGUUUGUGGUAAGACUUUUAAAUUGAAAGAUGACUUAUACCUGCAUAAAUUGUCGCAUAAGACUGUUGAUAAGCCCAAUCUUAUCUGUGCUUAUUGCAAUAAAAAUUUUGGCAAAAAAGAUUCCCUUAUUAGUCACAUUCAAAGACAUAUGAAUGAGAAAAGCUUUGAAUGUGCGGUCUGUAAAAAAUGUUUCAACCGGUCAUCCUCUUUGGAUAAGCAUCGAAAGGACAUGCAUUCCGUGAAAAAACAUGUGUGUCAUUUGUGUGACAAACGGUUCACAUAUCCUUCAGCUUUGAAUGAUCACAUGAGAAGAGCUCACGAGAAAUGCAGUUUCAGAAAGCCGGGGAUUUCAGCAGACUGCUAACAUGGGGCGUUUGGAGCUUGGAUCUCUGUCUGGAAUAUUUCACCUGUAAGUAACUCGAUGAGUUAUACAAUCAUCAUAUUACGAGUUAUCAGUUUUUGUCCCACCAUUAAAAAAGUUUCUGAAGUUUCCUCCUCCAAAUUUGGCUGGUACACAAGGUCCGCAUCACUAUCAUAAAAGUCAAAUAUAUUAUCUUCAUCACUACUGCAGAGCUCUUCCAAAACUGCUAAAAUAUCCCUAUCAGAUAACCUUUCCAUAUCAAUCUAAUAAACUGUGAAUCAAAAUUUUAGCUAUCUAAUAAAGAAUAAACUUUCAUGUCAGUCAGACCAGAAACAUUGUGCUCGAAGCUUGAACAUAAACACAUAACCUAUUAUUUCCCAGCUGUUUCAAAUCAAGCUAUUGCAAUGCC